UCCCAGAUCUUUUUCUUCGUGACAUGUGCUGGCACUGAAUGCGUCUUACUGGCUGCCAUGGCAUAUGAUCGCUAUGUAGCCAUUUGCCGCCCUCUUCAAUAUCCAGUGCUCAUGAGUGUGAAGGUCUGUGUUUGCCUGGUGACUGGGUCCUGGCUAUGUGGGCUGGUGAAUUCUGCGACACACACAGUGCUGACAGCCACACUCACCCUGUGUGGGCCCAAUGAGAUCAGCCACUUUCUCUGUGACAUCCCAUUGCUCCUGAAGCUAUCCUGCUCAGACACUUCUGUCAAUGAGUCUGUGCUCCAUGUGGCCAGUGCCACCAUUGGCCUGAGCCCCUGCCUCUUUACUGCCGGGUCCUACAUACUCAUCAUCUCAGCCAUCCUUAGGAUCCCUUCUGCUCAAGGCAGGAGCAAGGCCUUCUCCACCUGCGCAUCCCACCUGACCGUGGUGGUGGUCUACUAUAGAACAGCCAACAUCAACUAUGACAAGCCCAGUGAAGGCUACUCUUUGGACAUGGACAUCCUGGUCUCUGUUCUCUUCUGUGUGGUGACCCCCAUGUUGAACCCCAUCAUUUACAGCCUGAGAAACAAGGAGGUCAAGGGUGCCCUAAAGAAGCUGAGUAGAGUGUUUGUACUCCCUGACAAUAUCAAUGUCUAG